AUGUCUCGAAAUAUUCCAGUCCAGCCUAAAGAUUCGGAUUUCACAUUAUUCCUCUGGGGAGGCGAAGAAAAGCUAGAGAGAAGGAAAGCAUUGCUAAAUUUAUUGAUUGGCAAUCCCAUAUUUGACAAGAAGCUUGUCACACCUCCAUCGCUGGCACGCAAAGAUGCGUGGACCCGUGCGGCGCUGCAGAGUCGUGAACUUAUCAGACUCAAGUUCGAGAACAAUUGGCCCCAUCGCCAUUUCAUGGAAGCCAUCAAAAUGACAGACAACAUGCUGCCCGUCCAGCCACAGUUUAGAAUAUUCAUGUCAAACCUGGAGCGACAAAUGUCGGACGAACAAAAGAAAAUUUGGAUCCCAAAAGCGGAGCGGUUCGAAAUAUUUGGCUCGUACUGUCAGACAGAGCUGGGCCAUGGAUCAAAUGUCAAAGGCAUUGAAACCACCGCUACUCUUGACCUUGAGACCGACGAAUUCUUAAUCAACUCGCCUACGAUUAGUAGCACCAAAUAUUGGAUCGGUGCCACCGGGGUUUGGGCUACUCACGGGAUUGUUGUGGCUCGCCUGAUCAUCAGAGGAAAGGACUAUGGCAAUCAUCUUUUCUUGGUUCAAUUGCGCAAUCUUGAUACUCAGGAACUCAUGCCUGGCUGUGAAAUUUAUGAGCUGGGCCCAAAGGCAUUCCAGGGUAUGCUGGGGACUGAUAAUGGUGCACUUCGAUUUCACAAUGUGCGCAUUCCCCGGUCUCAAAUGUUGGCAAGAAAUGCGCAAGUGCUCAGGGACGGCUCGUACGUUCCUCCCAAGAAUCUCAAGCACUCCUACGGAUCGAUGGUGACGGUACGUGCUCUCAUGGCGGAGAUCACUGGCUGGGACUUGCUGAAAGCCGUUGCUGUCGCCUAUCACUACACCACUUUCAGGAAACAAUUCUCGAAGAGCGGAAAUGGGAGUGAAACUCCCGUCUUCGACUAUGCGAGUGUGCGAUAUAGGUUGCUUCCACUUCUUGCCAAGGCCACUGCACUUGUGGUUGUCGGGCAAGCUAUCAAGCGCGCAUACGAUGACUAUACCGCAAACUACUUAAGAACCGACGACACGUCUCAGCUAGAAGACCUCCAUCUCCAAACUGUUGGUGCCAAAGUGUAUUCCACUGAAAUCACAGGUUACGGCGUGGAAACAUGUCGAGUUGCUUGUGGCGGUCACGGUUACAGUGCUCUAUCAGGGUUUGGCCGGAUGUAUGCCAAUUCCAUCAACGCGGUGACCUAUGAGGGCGAUAACUACGUUGUGGCACAACAAGUACCUAGGGCGAUUCUAAAACAUUUCAAGGCUGGAACCGAAUCCUCCCUUCCAUCGCUCUCAUACCUUUCUUUUCUGCGCAGCAGCUCAACACCACAGCCACUGGGUGUCAAGUCGCCUUCACAGUGGCUCGAGCGUGAUGCACAGAGAUUUAUUCUCGAACAGCGUCUCGUUGUGCUUGUACAGCAACACAUCGAGGACACGAAGGCAGACCGGGAUACCAGCUAUGCAUGCCAUGCGCUGACAAUGGCGCAUGGUGAUUUCGUAUACUGGAAGGCAUUCUGGCAAGUUGUUGAUGCCAUACCGAAUGAUGCAACAUACAAGGAGCCGAUGACAGCGUUGGCUCAACUGUAUUCCCUUUCUAUCAUGACAUCGGCUCACACAGUGCUGUGUCCGCCCCUGUCUUUAACAGCGGAUCAGCGGUCCUCACUGCGUUUGGCUUACGACACAAUUAUUAUUGAAGUGGCAGAAAAGCACGCGCGAAAUAUCAUGGACGCGUACGGCUUCACAGAGUUUGAGCUUGACAGUGCUCUAGCAAGAAGCGACCAGAAUCCGUACGAGGCAUUGCUGGACGGUGCCCGAAAAACAGUUUAA